CUGGCCGGAAGACAACGGUGCAUCGCUUAAAAGUGUCCCUUCCUAGUUUCUGCCGCCGCACGGUUGCCGUUGCGGACUCCUGGGUGCAUCUCCGAAGGCUUCCGCGCCGCUGGGCAGGUUGUGAGAUGCCGGGCGGAGGCCGCUGCCCCGACUGCGGCUCCACUGAGCUCGUGGAAGACUCUCACUACUCGCAGAGCCAGCUGGUGUGCUCCGACUGCGGCUGCGUAGUCACCGAGGGGGUCCUUACCACCACCUUCAGCGACGAGGGCAACCUCCGAGAAGUAACAUAUUCCCGAAGCACAGGGGAAAAUGAACAAGUCAGUCGCAGCGAACAACGAGGUCUCUGCCGAGUAAGGGACCUUUGUCGAGUUCUGCAGUUGCCACCAACAUUUGAGGACACAGCAGUUGCUUACUACCAAAAGGCAUACCGGCACUCCGGCAUCCGCGCUGCCAGGCUGCAAAAGAAGGAGGUGUUGGUUGGGUGCUGUGUCUUAAUCACCUGCCGGCAGCGUAACUGGCCCCUAACCAUGGGAACCAUCUGCACGCUGCUGUAUGCAGAUUUGGACGUGUUUUCUGGCACUUACAUGCAGCUAGUGAAGCUCUUGGGGCUGGAUGUGCCAUCUCUGUGCUUGGCAGAACUGGUGAAGACCUACUGUAGCAGCUUCAAACUGUUCCAAGCUUCCCCGUCUGUGCCAGCCAAAUAUGUGGAGGACAAAGAGAAGAUGCUGUCGCGAACACUGCAGUUGGUGGAACUGGCCGACGAGACGUGGCUGGUGACCGGGCGGCAUCCCUUGCCUGUCAUCACUGCUGCCGCUUUCCUGGCUUGGCAGUCCCUGCAGCCUUCCUAUCGGCUGUCGUGUUCCCUUGCCCGAUUUUGUAAAUCGGCGAACGUGGACCUGCCCCACCCCGCUUCCUCCCGCCUGCAGGAGCUGCUGGCGGUGCUGCUGCGGAUGGCUAAGCAGCUGGCCUGGCUGCAGGUUCUGAAACUCGACAAACGGUCUGUGGUGAAACACAUCGGUGACCUCCUCCAGCACCGCCACACACUGGUCCGUGCGGCCUUUCAGGAUGGCACGGCAGAAAUGGAGACCCAGAAGGAGCCGCAGGGGCGGGGGCAGGGAGAAGAGGUGGGGAGUAGUUCUUUAGGUUUGCCCCAGGGGAAGCGACCGGCCAGUCCUGCCCUUCUCCUCCCACCCUGCAUGUUGAAGCCCCCGAAGCGGACCUGUCCCACACCCACUGUCUCCACUGUCACCGGAGACGAGAACAUUUCUGAUAGUGAAAUUGAGCAGUAUUUGCGUACCCCUCAGGAAAUUAGGGACUUUCAGAGAGCCCAAGCUGCUGGAGAGGCUGCCACCAGUGUUCCUAACCCUCCCUGAUGCACGCCUGUUGGGGGCUCUUCACCUCGUUCUGAUAGCACCUUGAUAACAGGCUGUCACAUCCAAGGAAUAGGCGUACACAGUCCUUGGGUACUGUCUUUCUUUGAAGGAACCAAGAGGGGCUCUGCAAAUAGUUCGGCCCUAGGUCCUGGAGUAAAGUCAGGAGUGCAGGGAUGACUGGGCUGGAGAGAGUCCCAACCCUGGGUGCUUGGGAACAAGUUGCAUAUGUUUGUUUUCUGUGGGAUGGCUUUCCUCUUAGACCACUGGGAAAAUGUCGGGCUCUCCUGUUCCUGGUCUGAUUUGGACAAGCUGCUGAUGCUUCUCGAGGCCCGAUGGGCUUUCCUCUGCUUGUGGAGCAGCUGACAUUCCCAACGGUGUCAGCCCGCAGAGGAGCAGGAACUGGAGAAUUCCUGACCCUGCGUCCAUUUGUGGGUGUCGGUGGGUUGUGUGUAUGGUGUCAUGAGAUCCUCCACCUUGUAACAAAAGGACUGUGGGUGGACUAAGGCUGUAGCUCAAAGGGCUUUGCAAAAUUUUAAUAUAUUAAAACAAGAGGCAUCUGCUAGAAAACAUUCUAUUGUAUAAAACCCGAGCUCUUAAAAACA